UGUCUCCAAAACAAGUACAGGAAAUCGCAAAUUGUUCGACGGCAAUGGCUGCUUGACUUUUGUUCAGUGGCGGCUGCCGGCUCCCACACUUCUCUCUCUUCUCCUCUUAAUGUGCCGUGCGGCCCGCAUCUGGUAAUUCUGUCAACUGCAGAAGAAGACCGAGGAGUCCAAUCUGUUCUAGGCUUCUAGCUUACUAGGUUUAGAAGGAAGGGAAAAGGUAAUGGCUGGAACGCUUAGAAAAUGCUUGUUAUGUUGCACAUCAACGAAGGUCACGAAGGAAGACAUGACGAAGGACUCGUACGAGGAUGCCAUUGCCGGACUUUCCAAGCUCCUAAGUGAAAAAGCCGACCUCGAGGGCGUCGCCGCCGCCAAGAUCAGGGAGAUAACGGCUGAGCUGGCUUCGGCCGGUUCGAGCGACCCUGUCCAGAGGAUCAAAACCGGGUUCAUCCAAUUCAAGAAGGAGAAAUUCGAGAAAGAUGUUGAUCUGUACAACAAACUGGCCACAGGCCAAAGCCCCAAGUUCAUGGUAUUUGCAUGCUCGGACUCUCGAGUUUGCCCAUCGCACAUCCUCAAUUUCCAACCAGGGGAGGCCUUUGUGGUCCGAAACAUCGCCAACAUGGUUCCUCCAUUUGACCUGACAAAGUACUCGGGAGUGGGGGCGGCCAUUGAAUAUGCGGUAUUGCAUCUGAAGGUGGAAAAUAUUUUGGUGAUUGGACACAGCUGCUGUGGAGGUAUAAAGGGGCUCAUGUCUAUCCCUGAUGAUGGGUCCACUGCUAGUGACUUCAUAGAGAGCUGGGUGAAAAUCUGCGCACCGGCAAAGACCAAGAUCAAAGCAGCAUGCAGCGGUUUAAGUUUCACAGAGCAGUGCACCAACUUGGAGAAGGAGUCUGUGAAUGUGUCAUUGGCAAAUUUAUUGACAUAUCCAUUUGUUAGAGAAGCGCUGGUGAACAAGACUCUGAGUCUGAAAGGCGGAUACUACGAUUUCGUCAAGGGCAGCUUCCAGCUUUGGGAUCUUGAUUUCAAAAUUACACCAAAUUUAACCGUAUGAGACCAAACUUUGUCCAGAAAGCACAAACCUUCCUUUCGUUUCUUAAAUGAAUUUCGUCACAGUGCAUCUUCUCUGGAACAACAUUUGGCAAAAUAAUAGUCUUUGUGGCUUGUCUGAUGUUGAAAUAAGUAUAGUUUUGGUGAAUCAGUAUCUUUUUUGCACUAUGUCAAAAGUUCUCCUUUCAAUACCGAUGCUCAAAUCAUGUAAGUAAACAUGCCGUUGAGAUUGUACAAGAUUCAAUGCAAA